CUUUUUGAUUAAUUUUCACUACUAUCAUCACCUUCUUAAACCCUGGAAUAGAAUUCAGAUAGGCCUUGGAGAAGGUAUUCAGAAAGUAGAAUGGCGUCUGCUUCCACAACUCUGGGCAUUUCUAUUAGAUUUACAUGUUCCAGCAAUGAACAUUUCCUUUUGGGUCAGCCCAGAACCAGAACUAACAUCGCCUUGCCACUUCAUUCUUCUUCCUCUCGUCCCUCUUCCUCCCUUCUCACUUUCUCUCGCCAUCGAAGCAAUUCUUUUAUCACCUCUUCCAAGAAAAAGAAAAAGAGUUCACCUAGGAAAGAUACUGAGGAAGUUGAUGAUGUAGAUGAAGAUGCUUUUGAGGCACUCUUUCAGCUGCUGGAAGAAGAUCUGAAAGAUGAUGACCUCUCCUUGAACGAUGAUGAUGAUAUAACUGAGGAGGAACUCGUGAAGCUUGAACUUGAACUGGAGGAGGCACUGAAGGAUGAUGAACUACUAGGAGAAAUUGACUCAAUUGCCAAUGAGAAAAUUGAGAGUAGUAAGGCUGAAGAUGAAGAAGCAGUAGCAGAAGAUGCCAAUGAAGAUAUGCUAGUGAAAUUGAAAAAUUGGCAACUUAAGAAACUGGCAUAUGCCUUGAGAAAGGGACGGCGUAAGUUAAAUAUAAAAAAUCUUGCUGCUGACCUAUGCCUUGAUAGAGCUGUUGUACUUGAAAUACUUCGCAAUCCUCCGCCAAAUCUUGUGUUGCUGAGUGCUGCCUUACCUGAUGAACCUGUCCCCAGAAUGUUAGAGCCUGAAAGCAAACCCCAGGAGACUGUUUCCAUUGAGAUGAGUGAUGCUGCGAAGCCAGAUACUAAGGUGGAAGCGCCAGUUCAUGUGAUGCAAAAUAGUUGGUCUGCUCAAAAGAGACUAAAGAAAGUCCAAUUAGAAACCCUUGAACAAGUUUAUAGACGAUCAAAGCGGCCCACUAAUGCCAUGAUUAGCAGCAUUGUGCAUGUGACAAAUCUGCCUCGGAAAAUAGUUCUGAAAUGGUUUGAAGACAGACGGUCUGAAGAAGGGGUUCCUGAUCAUCGACUUCCAUAUCAACCAUCGUCUAUAUCUGAAUAGUACUUUCCUUGUAAAUACCUAAAACAAUUAAUUUCGCCAUGUGAAACUGGUUUCUCUUGCUAUGUAUCAGAUACCAGAAUUAUUUGAUACCGCCAGCUUCCUUUUGCUAUUUAUUUUACUGCAGCUAUAACAACAGGAGUAAAUAGCAAUAUCCUCUGUAAAGAAUAGACGGUGAUCAACAAAAAGAAAUGAACAUCUUUAGUGCUUUUGUCAGUUCCUAUUUUCUUUAGGUCCAUUGAGUCUAUGUAUACAUUUUUUCGAACAUUCCAGCAUAUCUCGUGUUUUGAACAUUACAUGUUCUUCAGGUAUGUUUAAAAUGCUUCAUUUGAAUUAACAUAUUAUUUGUGUC